UCAUUACUACAGCGGCAGAGGGCAGGGACAGCGACCAGAGGACCUGAUAUCAUAGACCGUGUAGGCUGGUUCCUUGCGUUAUUUUCUCUGUCCAAAUACAUGAUGUUGCGUUUGUGUGUUCUGCUCUCACUUUUGGUGCCCACCCUCUGUUCGCUGAUUGAUCUUGACCAGGAAUGGGAACGCUUUAAGUCGCAGCACAAAAAAAUGUACCUAAGUGAUGAAGAAGCUGAUAGACGAGCCAUAUGGGAAAACAAUGUUGGAGUGAUAGAACGUCAUAACCUGGAGGCGGACCUUGGGCAGCACACCUACAGACUCGGACAAAACAAAUAUGCCGACAUGUCUUACGAGGAGUUUCUACAGCAGAUGACCGGUUACAAGAGGAGUCGGGACGAUGCGUCGACGCCUAUCCUGAAUGUCAGCACCUCGGACCUGCCCGACACAGUGGACUGGCGGAGGGAAGGAUAUGUCACGAAUGUCAAGGAUCAGGGUGCCUGUGGGUCGUGCUGGGCGUUCUCUGCCACGUGUUCCCUGGAAGGACAGCACUUCCGGAAGACGGGGCGCCUGGUUUCUCUGUCAGAACAGAAUCUGGUCGACUGUUCAAGGGACGGUAAUUACGGCUGUGAGGGGGGAUACAUGACGUCCGCAUUCGACUACAUUCGUCAGAAUGAUGGCAUAGACACGGAAGAGUCCUACCCAUACGUUGCAGAGCAAAAAGACUGCAACUUCAGCCGUGAGAACGUAGGCGCGACCGUUACCGGCUUCGCUGUUGUCGUGCCUGAGUCGGAGGAUGCCCUGAAGGCUGCAGUGGCCACGGAGGGGCCUAUCUCUGUUGCUCCAGUGAUCUCCCCCUACAUCAUAACACCUCCCCGGCCGAAUCUUUGGAGCACCACGUGGGGCGAAGACGGAUACAUGCUCAUGGCGCGUAACCAUGACAACAUGUGCGGGGUGGCCUCGGAUGGAAUCCUACCCCUUGUGUAGACGACAUCUCACGUCAUGAGGAGGGUUGUCGUUAUAUAAUGUUACAAUUAACGGCGACGUAUCUGCUAUUUAAUAAUAUUCGAUAACGUA